CGCCGCUUCGGCCCCCGCGUCUGCUGCGCGCCGUAACGCAUGGAAACACCCUUUGUUCAGAUGCCAUACUGCCGCUAGAGCGAUGCCCGCCGAGGAGGAACCCGCGGCGAUGGAGAGCCGGGACGCCGAUGGCUCGCCCCAACAAUUCUGCCUGCGCUGGAACAACUACCAGAGCAACUUGGCCAACUGUUUCGACCAGCUCCUCCAGACCGAGUCCUUCGUGGACGUCACGCUCGCGUGCGAGGGCCAGAGCCUGAAGGCGCACAAGGUGGUGCUGUCGGCGUGCAGCCCCUACUUCCAGUCGCUGUUCAUGGACAACCCCUGCCGGCACCCGAUCAUAAUAAUGCGCGACAUAAAGUACUGCGACUUGAAGGCGGUCGUGGACUUCAUGUACCGCGGGGAGAUAAACGUGUCGCAGGACCAGAUCUCGGCGCUGCUGAAGGUGGCCGAGACGCUGAAGAUCAGGGGCCUGACGGACGUGAGCGGCGAGCAGGCCGUGCUGCGGCCGGGCGGCGUGGAGCGCGGGUCCAAGCGGCCGCAGAGCCGCGAGCCCGAGUCGCCGGCGAAGGCGCGGCGCCGCUCGGGCGAGCGCAGCCCGGGCCCGAGCCCGCGCCGCUCGCCCAGCACGCCCAGCGCGCCGCCGGAGCUGCCGCCGGACGCCGCGCACGCCGCGCCCGCCGGCCCGCCGCUGCACGCCGACGACGUCGACAUCCGCCCCGGCAUCGCCGAGAUGAUCCGCGAGGAGGAGAGGGUGAGUGCUCGUAAAAGUUUUCCCGCCGAACGCCCCCGACCCGCGCGCCGGCGCCUCCCACCCCCGCACCCUGCUAAACUUUCCAUUCGCAUCGCAUUACGUAAUUAA